AUGUCGUCUCCAGCGCCAACGUCGCCGGCUACGCCAUCUCCUUCACCACCGGCUCCGGUGACGCCCACGCCAUCGCCGCCGGCUCCGGCGCCGGUCCCACCCACGCCAUCGCCGAUACCGCCGACUCCCGCGCCGGUGCCGCCCACGCCAUCGCCGAUACCACCAACUCCCGCGCCGGUGCCGCCCACGCCAACGCCGUCCCCUCCUCCUCCGUCUCCGUCGCCCCCACCGCCGGUGACGCCGUCCCCACCUCCACCAGCGAGCGUACCAACACCAUCUUCACCUCCACCGGCAUCUCCUCCACCACCGGCGACCGCGCCAACGCCAUCACCUCCUCCGCCCGUACGCGGCCCGCCUCCUCCCAGUGGUGUCCCGGCGUCACCCGCGCCUCCGCCGUCACAUCUGUCAUUGCCUCCACCUCCGCCGCCGGCCCCGUCGACAGGAACACCACCAACGUCGCCAUCGCCCUCCAAGUCGUCAAGCAACGGCACCGCUGUGGGCAUAGGCGUCGCCGUCGCGGCGGUGGUCCUGCUCGGCCUCGCCGUCGGGCUCAUCUACUGCUUCAUAGGAAGGAAACGCCGGCGGCGACCGCCGCCGUCUCAGGGGUUCCCAGGCGAGUUCUACGACCCGCGGCGUCCGGUGACGCCGCCGUACAUGUCGCACGCGCCGUCGACGACGCCAUCCUCGACGCCGCCGCUGAUGCACUCGUGGCAGAGCAGCCACGGCCCGUCCGAGUCCCCGAUGCCGCCGCUGAACCCUUCGCCGGCCAUCACGGGCGGCACGUUCGCGUACGACGACCUGGCGGCGGCGACGGACGGGUUCUCGGACGCGAACCUGCUCGGGCAGGGCGGGUUCGGGCACGUGUACCGCGGCACGGUGGGCGGGCAGGAGGUGGCCAUCAAGAAGCUGCGGGCAGGCAGCGGGCAGGGCGACCGCGAGUUCCGCGCCGAGGUGGAGAUCAUCAGCCGCGUGCACCACAAGAACCUCGUCUCCCUCGUCGGCUACUGCCUCUACGGCGAACAGCGGCUGCUCGUCUACGAGUACGUGCCCAACAAGACCCUCGAGUUCCAGCUCCACGGGAGUGGCAGGCCGACAUUGGACUGGCCGAGGCGGUGGAAGAUCGCGGUCGGCUCGGCGAAGGGCCUCGCCUAUCUGCACGAAGACUGUCAUCCUAAGAUCAUCCAUCGUGACAUCAAGGCUGCGAACAUCCUUCUGGAUUACAACUACGAGCCAAAGGUUGCAGAUUUUGGGUUGGCCAAAUACCAAGCAGCUGAAGUCACCGCUGUUUCUACACGCGUAAUGGGAACUUUCGGAUAUCUGGCGCCAGAGUACGCUGCCACAGGCAAAGUUAACGACCGGUCCGACGUCUUCUCCUUCGGCGUGAUGCUUCUGGAACUGAUCACUGGGAGGAAGCCAAUCAUGACAUCUUCAGAGUAUCAGCCUGAGACAUUGGUCUCUUGGGCUAGGCCAUUGCUGACAAGGGCUGUCGAGGAGGAAAACUAUGAUGAGCUGAUCGAUCCGAGGCUGGAGAGCAACUACGACGCGUACGACAUGGCGCGGCUGGUCGCAUGCGCCGCGGCCGCCGUGCGCAAGACCGCGCGGUCUCGCCCGCGGAUGAGCCAGAUCGUCCGGUACCUGGAGGGCGAGCUGUCGGUGGAGGACCUGAACGCCGGUGUGAUGCCGGGGCAGAGCGCGAUGCAGCGGUCGGGCGGCGGCACGAUGGACCAGAUCAACCGGCUCAGGCGGAUGGCGUUCGGGCCGGGCGCGGGAGGGAGCACCGGGACCGGGACCAUCACGGAGUACGCGAGCAGCGAGUUCAGCGAUCCCACCAGCGAGUACGGGCUGAACCCAUCCAGUGAGUACACGACCAGCAGCGCGGGCGACACGGGCGAGGUGGCCGCGGGCGCGCAGGGGCAGCAGUGGCACGGCAGGCGCGCGGCCGGCGACACCGAGAGGAUGAGCCGGCGCACCACCGGCAGACGCGCCCAGCCGUAA